UUUCAGAGUAGAGAGUGACGUGAGUCGCGUAGAACAAUGGUUUGCGGACGUGUACGUACAAAGACCGUAAAAAAAGCUUCCCGUGUGAUUAUCGAAAAAUAUUACACUAAGCUGACGCAUGACUUCCAUACAAAUAAGCGAAUUUGCGAGGAAAUUGCUGUCAUUCCGAGCAAAAAAAUGAGGAACCGUAUUGCGGGUUACAUAACGCACUUGAUGAAACGUAUCGAGAAGGGACCGGUUCGUGGCAUUUCAAUUAAAUUGCAAGAGGAAGAAAGAGAACGUCGCGAUAAUUAUAUGCCGGAUAUUUCUGUCGUUGAUCCGCGCAUGUUGACCACAAUUGAAGUAGAUACGGAGACCAAACAGAUGAUUGAAUCAAUGGAACUGAGCAUUCCAAUGACCGACAAAACAGCAAAUACGGGAGUGGCUGGUCGAAGAUAAUUCAGAAAAGGAAUGGCUUUUAUUUUCUUUGUUCCCUUAAAUUUUAUUCGUUUGAAAGGUGUGCUCGAUAAAUUCUCGGUUUGUUUGUAUGGAGCAUAAAAUAAAUCCUGACUUACACUUUCCCAUUUGAUUCUAAGUAGGUGACAAAUUGGAUGGAAAGAUGAAAUCGAUGUACCUCAU